GGUCAUGGCGGCGGCGGGGCGGUUGCCGGCUCUGGUCCUGCUCCUCCUGGUGGCUUUUCUGCUGGGAGGAGGAACGGAGGGACCCGGUACCGUUUGGGCAGCUCGCAGCCGGGGUGCCGAAAAACAAAACAGCCUCCGCCGAGCCGCCAGCGGCCUCUACCAAGGCGUCAGCGGCCUCGUCGGCGAGGACAACGUGAGGGCCCUGCAGAAGUUUUUCUCAAGGUUGACAGAAAGGUUUGUGAAUGGGGUGGAUAUAUUAAUAGACACAUUCUGGAGAAUAUGGACGGAUUUGUUAGAUGUUCUUGGAAUUGAUGCCUCCAACUUGACUCAUUAUUUCAGCCCAGCAGCAAUUGCCAACAACCCGACCCGUGCUCUUCUGCUGAUCGGUGCCAUUUUACUUGCCUAUUGGUUUUUAUCUCUCUUCCUUGGAUUCUUCUUCUAUCUCCUGCACAUGCUGUUUGGUCGCUUUUUCUGGAUUGCGAGGGUUGCCCUUUUCACUCUCUCGUGCGUGUACAUCCUCCAGAAGUAUGAAGGUGACCCAGAGCACGCAGUCCUGCCUCUCUGCUUCGUUGUAGCGGUCUACUUCAUGACGGGGCCAGUUGGAUUUUACUGGAGAAGAAACAGCAACAGCAGCCUCGAGGAGAAGAUGGACCACCUGGAUAGUCAGAUCAGACUUCUGAACAUCCGUCUUUCUAGGGUGAUUGAAAACCUGGACAGAGGGGGUGACCAGUGAAACCAGCCCCUAUAGACCACUCUACACCAGCUCUAGGAAAUUCCUAAGCACUGUCUCAUUUGAAGUUACAAAGCAACAAAACGUCACAUGGUAAAAAGUGGGCAAAGCUAUAACUUUUCAUCAUGUGUGAGACUAAUUUACCUAGAUUAUACACUCAGCCAUUAUACUUGUAGGAAGGAAAAAAACACAUUUAAAAAUCCAGCUGUAUAUUCAGAGAGUUUUAUCCAGUAAUAGAAUUUUCUCAGUAGAUAAACGCUUACUUUUACAAGCAUUUAAAAACAUCUUUUGUAAAGUUUUUAUAAAAGCAAAUUGAGUAGUCUUUCAAAUAUUGAAAUUGAGCUAAAGAUAUGCAAAUCUGAGACUUAAAAAGUUAAAAAGAAAAAAAAAAUAAUCUCAAGCUACCAAACACUUCCAUUGAGAAGUAACUGCUGUGGGUCCACUUUUUUUUUUUUUCCAGAGUUGUGAAUGUUUUUGUUUUAUUGUUGGCUUAUCUCAUUGCCUUGAAGUUGCCUUUCAUAGAGUAUCAGGUGAGGAAUUUUCUGGUAUCCAGGCCAAAAAAUUCGCACCAUAGCUUUUAAUAGGAGGUGGGGAAUAAGGGAGAAGGAAGAUUUCAUAAAUUUGAAGUCCUUAAAUGCCAGUCCAAUGUGAGGAACUGAGAAGUGCACGUGUGGCAUUAUUUCAUUGCAUUUCAUCUUGAGAACUUUAGUUUGGUGUCUCAUAGGAAAUCUCUUUUAGGAAAUUGACACAAAAGGAAGAGCUACAGUAUGGCAAAUUGUAAUUCAUAGUUGAUCUUCACAGUUGAGCGUUUGCCAAGCGUAAGUGCAUAGAAUGAAACAUGAUUUUUAAUCUCAGGACCCACGUACUUUCUCAAAAGAGGCAGCAGUUAAAACUCUUGCAGAUGUAUUGUUGCUUAAAGCUUUCUCAGGACCAAUAAGCGGCAAUAAAUAUCUUCAGGAAGAUCUGGAUUUUUUUCUAAAAUCAUAAUAGUUUUAUAGGAGCUUUUUGCUUGAAGUCUGUGUCCUCGCUAUAUUGGGUUUGGGAGAAAGUGAGUCACCUUAUGAGAAGGGUGUGUUGAACAGUUGUAGGAGCUUUGAAGCAAUUUUAUUCUGAAGGAUUCUGUGUAUUUGUAACUUUAGGAUUAACUAGCUUGGUACACUGUCACUGGCUUUGUAAGGUUUGCUGAAAAGCAUUGAAACAAAGGGAACCUCAGGGAAGAAACUGGGAGAAGUGGUGCCAUUGCUGGUGAGGGCUCUGGAGAGCAAGCCUUAUGAGGAGAUGCUAAAGGAGGUGGGGUUGUUCAGCCUGGAGGAGGCUGAGGGGAGACCUCGCUCUCUACAACUACCUGAAAGGAGGUUGUAGAGAGGUGGGGGUCGAUCUCUUCUCCAGGUCACAGGCGAUAGAAGAAGAAAAUGACAAGAGAAAAUGGCUUCAAGGUGUGCCAGGGGAGGUUCAGAUUGGACAUCAGGAAAAAUUUUUACACGGAAAGGGUUAUUCAGCAUUGGAAUGGGCUGCCUGGGGAAGUGGUUGAGGCACCAUCCCUGGAGGUAUUUAAAACAGGGGUUGACAUAGUGCUCAGUAACAUGGUUUAGUGAUGGGUUGUUGUUUUUUUUUGUUUUGGUUUGUUUGUUUGUGGGUUUUUUUUAUCAGAGUUAGGUUGGUGGUUGGACUAGAUGAUCCUAAAGGUCCCUUCCAACCUAGACAGUUUUAUGAUUUCAUGAUAUCAAAGGGGGGAGGGAGGGGCAGCAUCUGAACCGUAGUGAUGAGCACAGUAGCAAACCCACCAGAGGUCAAAUGGACCACAGCUGAAGAACCACAUACUCCACAGUGUCUAAACAACCAAGUAAAGAAAAAAAAAAAAAGAGGAACCAAAAUUGGUCUUUGAUAGGGACUGGCUAAAAAGGAAGGGGAACAAAUAUGAGUAGGUGCUGUUGCUUUGCCCGCGAGUGCUGGCUCCAGGGGGCCGGGCUGUGGAAGCCGAGCAGAGCCGGGCGCUUGGUCUUUGGCUUCUUGUUUUGUUGGGUAGAGCUUUUGUUGGGUGUGACACCUAACUGAAUGUAACUGGGGGGUAAAUUUAUUUUUCUCUUUAUGCUGAAGCUUAAUGCUCUUAAAAUGUGUGUUACAUGCCUAACCUCUUUUGGUCUGUAUGUGACAUUGACAUGAGGGAUUCUUUUAAACUCCAUGUUAAUGGCCUUUACUCCAGACUGUGAUCACUUAAGUUCAACACUGUUGAAGUUCAUAUGCAGCUGGCACUGUUGUAAUCCAUUUUAAUUUUUUAUGUCACCUGUAAAUCCCCCUGCGCCCCAUUUUUCAAGAAAUGCAAAGUAACUGCUUUUCAUAACUGAAAAUCUUUCCCAUGAGCAGAUAAGUCCUAUGGCAACAAACAGCCGCUUUGCAAAGCUGAAAGUGUAAACUGCUGUACGUUCCUUUUUACAGCUCCUUUACCAUAGUAUUACAGAGUCUUCCCUGUAAACUCAGUUUUCCCCACUGUUGUGCACAGAGGAGUGGGCUGAAACACCCACCUGGAAAUUAGGAACCAAUUAGCAAAGCUUGUCAGGUCUUUAUGUGUUUUGCUAAAUUUGAGGCCUGAGGACCAAAGGCUGCAAACCUCGCUCGUGUAAGCGGCUCCCUCGACUUCCGUAGGACUAUGUGCAUGAGUCAGUUUUGCAUAGAUUGUAUUUUGUGUAGUCCAUAUUUAAUGCUGAAGGUAAAAAUACUGAAUUGUUUAUAUAUCAAGAGUUGUCUAUGAUAAAGAUUUCUUUUAAGAUACUAUAUAAAAGUUAAUUUGGAUUGUAGUUUCUCCCCGUCUUGCUCUAAUUGCUUCUCUUAGUUUUGUAAAAUCAGCCCUCCUAUAUUAAUGCUCUUAAUUUUGAUCACCUUGCUGCUUGAAAAAAAAAAAAGUAUUUUUGUAUUUACUUGCUUCCCAUGUAUAGCAAAAUGUUAUGUGAAAAGCAGUAUAUAUAAAAUUGGAUAUUUUUAAUCAGUAUUUUUCCCAGCGCUCAGUUUUCACAUUAGUCAAAUUCAGAAGUAAUGAUUUUUUUUAAAGCACAAUCUAAUCUUAUAUAUAUAUAUAUAUACACACUUUAAAAAUGCUCUGUAUUUUUAAUCAUGCACUGUAGUGAAAGCGCUUUUGGGACAUGAAUGUGGUAUUGUAUUUAACCUCUUUCAACUUUUGUAAAUACCUUUUACAAGUAUUUUCCAUCCCGAGUCAUCUAGUUUGCCCAUGGCGGUUUUUGCUGUGUUUUUUAGCACUGGUUCCGCUGGCAGUGGUCGCACUGCUUUUCUAUUGCCAUUGCUGGGAGCAGCUCCUGCCAGUUCGCAGGGACGUGCAGGUGUCUCCUCGUCCCAGACUCGCCUGGGUCGGUGGCAGAAAUGGGGCUGAAUCCCCAGAUCUGGGCGAUCCUGGCCCGUUGCUCUAUCGGCUCCGGCUCCCCCGGGGCGGGUGGGAGCGUCUCAGUGCUCCUUUACCAGCCGCUGCCCUCGACGUCGGAGCAACACAGCAUGGGUGACACCCGCGGGGUGCAGUGGGACGGGGUGACACCCCCCACCUGUCCUCUCCUCCCGUGAGCUCCAGAGCAAAAGACCUUCCCAUCUGUGGCCACCACCUCGGAGAACGUCACCCGCGUUAAAGAUGGGCUCCGGGCUGUCCGGUGUCAGAAACCCCGGCAGGGUCUCCAAGUGUUUUUAAACUUCAUACUUUAAAACCUCGUAUUUGAAACUACUGUAGUAUUUUCAAUACAUUCGCAUUUUCUUUUUUUUUUUUUUUGCAAAACUAACGUGGGUAGCACUUUGUUUGGAAGUACACUCCUCGCCUAUAGAUAACCCCACCCCGUCGUGCUCGGGGCGUAACGCUGUUAACAGUGGUAUUGGGUGUCAGAGUGCAAUGUUAUAAACUGGUGUAAUUCAGUGCUGUGCUUAGUAGUGCGUCCUUCCAGUUGUGAUCUGCUUUUACAGACUCGUUGCAUCGUUAGUGUGGAAAAUAGACCAGUGUCAAUCUUUGCUCUUCGAUGGUGUAGAAGUUUUUAACCCGUGUGAUUUGCCUCGCGUACUGAUCCGUAUUUGGCAGCUAAUGACGUAAAUGACCAUUAAGUUCUUCUUUUGUCUGGGUUGGGAAAUAAAAAAAAAGGUUUUAUUGUAUCCGCAUGUAUUUUAAAACUUUUUUUUUUUGGAUAAUUCCGCGGAGUUAUGAUGACGGCACGUGUCGAAAUGGAUCUUUUUUUUCCUUUGACUCGGGAGACGGCACCGGGGGUAGCGAUUCCCAGGUGGGAAGAGGGUGACAUUCCAGUUUGUACAACGGUGUUCUUGUUUAAAAAAAAAAAAAAAAAGAAAAAAAUAUAUAUAACUUCGGCUUGAAGAGAUGGUGUGUGUAUACUUUAGACGUAUAUGAUCCAUAGGGAAAUACUAGAUUCUACUGAUAAUAGCGUUAAGUAGUUACGAAUAGACCGGGCUUUAUUUUUUACGGAGCUACACUUUGCUUUUAUUUAUGAAUUACCACCCCCACCCCCAUCCCCGUUCGGCGUCGCCGGGUGUUUGUAGCCGGGUGUUGUUUCACCCCGUCGGCUGUGGUUGUUGUGACGAAGCUUCAAAUAAAUGUUGACUGAAACUUC